AUUUCAGCAGUGCCAUCAGUCAGUGAGCAUAUUGACCACUGUGAAAAACAACAAUUCAGACUUCAUUCGGAUUUCUAAUCGACAGAAAACCGAUAUGACAGAAUACAGGAAUUGUCUUCUAGUUUUCGUUAUGUCUUUGAGCGCGAUUUAUCCAUGCACAGGAAUAUCAUGGCUUGGCUUGACGGCAAACGGGAGCUCUGUCGGGUGGAAUCAGACGCAUCACUGUAAACUCCUGGACGGGCUCGUGCCAGAUCAGCUUCAGCUCUGCAAACGUAACCUCGAGCUUAUGCACAGCAUCGUGCACGCGGCCAAACUCACCAAGAGCGCGUGCCAGGCUGCCUUCAGCGAUAUGCGCUGGAACUGCUCAUCCAUCGAGAGCGCCCCUCACUUCACCCCAGACCUGGCGAAAGGGACCCGCGAAACUGCGUUUGUGUUCUCUCUGGCCGCUGCAGUGGUCAGUCAUUCCAUCGCCCGUGCCUGUGCUUCUGGAGACCUCCCCAGCUGUUCAUGCGCAGCAGCGCCAUCGGAGCAGGCGGCCCCAGACUUCCGCUGGGGUGGAUGUGGGGAUAAUGUGCGCUACGGCCUGCAGAUGGGCUCUGCUUUCUCAGACGCUCCUAUGAGGAACCGCCGCUCGGGACCACAGGCCUUCAGGCUCAUGCAGCUUCACAACAAUGCAGUGGGAAGACAGGCACUCAUGGAUGCACUAGAGAUGAAGUGCAAAUGUCACGGUGUUUCCGGCUCUUGUUCUGUGAAGACCUGCUGGAAGGGCCUUCAAGACAUCAACAGCAUCUCUGCCGACCUCAAGUCUAAAUACCUGUCGGCCACUAAGGUCAUUCCGCGUCAGAUAGGCACCCGCCGACAGCUGGUCCCCCGAGAGAUGGAGGUGAGGCCGGUCGGAGAGAAUGAACUCGUCUACCUGGUCAGCUCGCCGGAUUACUGCUCGCAGAACAGCAAGCAGGGGUCGCUCGGAACCACAGACAGGCAGUGUAACAAGACUGCAACUGGAAGUGAGAGCUGUGGACUCAUGUGUUGUGGACGGGGUUAUAAUGCCUACACGGAGGUGCUGGUGGAACGCUGCCAGUGUAAAUAUCACUGGUGCUGUUACGUGUCCUGCAAAACCUGCCAACGCACCGUUGAGAGAUACGUCUGCAAGUGACAAACCACCUUAUGGACUGUCUUCAUCGACAGAGACAAAGAGGCACGGUGCAUUGCUGGGCGAAUGUGUAUGAUCAAGUUGCAGCCAUAAGUGGGUGGAUUGUCCUCUAAGUGCUGUAAGGAUGGCAUGAAAGUGAAGAAAGAAGAGCCGGAGUUAAGGAAUAUAUGGGGUGGUGAAAGAGAUAAUGAAUGGCUGUAAACAAAGAACCCUGCGGUGAGGCCCUCAAGGCACCCUGUGGAAAACCAGAGUGAUAAGCAGUGACCGCUCGCAGAAAAACUCAUCAGCUCCAGCUCAGAGAAAGAGACUGGGGGGAGGGGAGGACUGUGCCGGUAAAGACUGACUUUACUGCGGUAAUACUUCACACAUCACACAUCUGUUCGGAUCUGUUUUGGUCACAUACGUUUACAAAGUUACAAAGCAGCAAGAGAUGGAAAUCAAAACGUUUUAGUGUGGUUGACCUCAGAAAUUCUCUGCACUCAGUAUUGAUUAUGGAGGUUGAUGACACUAUUUUUAUAGCAAAGUAAGUGUCCUUUAUUUUUAUGAUGUUGAAUGACUGAAUUUUUCCAUUGUAUUCAGGAAAAGAAAGAUGAAGUCCACGCUUUUCACUCUGGGAAAACUUGUACAUUUUCUGUAAAAAUGAAAAUUUGUAUUUAUUUUAUUAAAAAUAUGUAAUGUGGAA